AUGUAUCGUAUUAUUUUUAGAAAGAAAACAGCAUAUUCGGGACCUGCAAUUCUUGGGUUUAAUGAUAAAAAAGUAGUCAAAAAAUUAUUAGCCAGACAUUAUGAGGAUCAGUCAGCUAAUGAUGUAUGGGCUCAAGCUAGAAUUGCAAUAUAUCUUGAUG